AUGGCAUCUAAUGAACAGACAACAACAACAUCAACACCUACUAGUAAUGCUAAAGUAACAUUUAAAAUAACAUUAACAUCUGAUCCGAAAUUACCAUUUAAAGUGUUAAGUGUACCUGAAAAUACACCAUUUACCGCUGUUUUGAAAUUUGCCGCUGAAGAAUUUAAAGUUCAAGCAGCAACAAGUGCAAUUAUUACAAAUGAUGGUAUUGGAAUAAAUCCAUCUCAAACGGCUGGUAAUGUUUUUCUUAAACAUGGCGCCGAACUUCGAAUUAUUCCACGUGAUCGUGUUGGUUAUUAA